UCUGCGACCGGGGUCAGACCACGACGCCCACGUCUGGAGAACUACGUGGUUGCGUCGUCGGUUCCUGGAGGGGCAUAUUGCCAAGGCCGGCGAACACCUCCUCGGUGACAGCGGCUACCCCCUGGAACCAUGGCUCCUGACCCCAGUCACAGGCCACCCUCCCAUACACACUGCAGAAGGCAGGUACAACACUGCACAUGCUGCCAUGCGGUCCGUAGUGGAGCGGUGCAUUGGGCUUUUGAAGAGCCGCUUCCGCUGCCUUCAGCGGUACCGCGCCCUCCACUACGAGCCAGACCGCGCUGCCAACAUCGUUGCAGCAUGUGCAGUGUUGCACAACUUGUGUCUUGAUGAAGGUGACGUGUUGUUGGAUGAUGUUAGUGAUGACAGCAGCAACAGCAGCAGUGACAAUGAAAGUGGCAACCCCUCCCCACAGAGAGUUCCCCGAGUGAGGGCAUCACGCAUGAUGUACCUGAGAGGCUGUGCUGCCCGGGAUAAUGUUAUUAGCUCAUUUGGCACGACACGGCAGCAGCACCAGCACUACCUGAAAAGGGUGCGAAGGCGGCUGCGUCGACAGCAGCACCGACAGCAGCAAUAAACACGUGCCUGACACUGCAGGCAGAUGUUUAUUACUGCUGUCUACACACCUAAUAGAGAGCAGGAACCAAUGUGAAGAAAUGUGUGCAAUUAGUGGAUAGCGUGCUGUUUCUUUAUCGAAUCUGCUCAAUCAUAACCAGCGUUUUCACGUGUCCUCUGCCAGUGAGCUGUUACUACCGGAGAUGAUUGCAUCAUUCCACUGUGACACUACAUGAGAGCCUUUCAUUUAGUACCUGUGGAUAGAACACUGUGUUCAUCAGCAGAAUGCUGUAGCCACUUCUCUGGGCAGCUGUGGUUUGCCAAAUGAUUUGCUGCUGCUGCUGUUGCUUCUGUCAUCACCGACACUGUCACCGCCAUCUGCACUGUGUAUGGGAGGCUGGUCUUCGUCUCCUCCCUUCCUAUUUGGGCUGCUGUCAAGCACAACAUUUCUCGCUCCACCAUGUGUACUGUUCUCACGCACCUUUUAGGUCCUGCGCUAUUUUGCCACACAGCCACCGCACAGUUCCUUGACAGAAGGCCAAGUUAUGCCGAAAACAAUCGCCUGGCAUGUCAAGCGCGUUAUUCUCAAUUGGGAGAGUGUACAUAUGUAAAUAGUUCUGAAAUUGAAGGAACACACAUUGUAAAUAUUCAUUUCAAGUGCCACUUGCAUUGUUUAAAAUUGUUUAUUUAUAUCUGCAUUGUAAAUAAAACCAUGUGACCCAUC